AUGAAAUUCGCUCUCGAUAAUAGAAACGGUCGUAGUGGUGGUCCUUAUAACAACCGACCUCCAACCACCACUAAUAAUAAAGACAAUAAUAAUUUUAACAUAGUCUUUUCUCUAAACGAAGGGGGGAUCGACGACGACAAGUUGUUAGAAAAUCCACCAUAUAAAAUACAUUUUUCUAGUAUAGAGGAGCUUAUUUCCCCAUCUACAAAAAGCCGAUCAUAUAACAAAUCACAAAAAGAUCCAACGGCAAAAAUAUAUAUUCCUAGGCCGCAAAACGAAUUCAUGCUCUUCAGAAAAAAUUACAGCAAGGGCCUUAAAAAUCAAAAAAAAAGCAAUCGUACAGCCGAACAAUUAAACCAAGUAUAUCAACAACAACUAUUUCAAGAAUUUUUGUUUUUUCAACAAUUCCAAAAUCCCAACAUGAACCAAUCUUUCGACCAAUCACAACAAUACCAACAAAUUCAAUAUGCGCAACUUCAAUGUAUGCCAGAUGUGAUGAUAACGUCACUCGAAGAAUCUUUGAUCCCUAAUUCUGCUGUUGAAAGUUCCCCUACUUCAACAAACUUUUCAGAGUUGGAAUCACCGGAGAUUGAAUAUUACCAAUUUUCAAGCAUAUACGAUUCCCCACUAUUUCCAGAGAUCGAAUUAUCUCGAUCUGUUUUCGAUAACUAUGAAUCGAAAUAUUAA